GUGAUCCUAUCUAUUUUUUCCAUAGGACUCCUGCCUCCUUCCAUACACAGAAUGGAUCUGAUCUGGGGAUGAACCACUGUUGUGCAGAAAAUUAUUUUCUCUAGGACGUCUGACUCAUUUGUUGUGUGUAUCGUCUGAGGCACCUAAGAACACCAUAAUGGAACUCCACGACUUCCUCAGUGGAGACCACAUUAACAAAAUGAAUGACGCAGAAAUGAACUCCACAGAUUAUCCAUAUACCAUAGAUUAUGAAGGACUUAUAGAACCAUGUAACAAGCAGGAAGUCAGAAACUUCACAAAAGUAUUUUUUCCAAUCACAUACUCACUGAUCUGUGUUGUGGGCUUUAUAGGUAAUGUCUUUGUAGUGAUGACCUUUGCUUUAUAUAAGAACCAUAAGUCUAUGACAGAUGUAUACCUCUUCAACUUGGCCAUAGUUGAUUUAUUGUUUGUUCUCACUCUCCCAUUGUGGGCAAUGAGUUAUGCUGCUGACAAAUGGAUCUUCAAUGAUGUCAUAUGCAAAAUGACCAGAGGUAUCUAUGCUAUCAACUUCAAUUGUGGCAUGCUGCUUUUGGCCUUUAUCAGUUUGGACCGAUAUAUCGCCAUUGUACAAGCAACAAAGUCAUUUAAACUUAGGGCAAGAACCUUAGCAUACAGCAAACUGAUCUGCUUGGUUGUGUGGGUAUUCUCAAUUUUAAUCUCGACCUGCACUUUCAUAUACAGUGAAAGCUAUAGCAUUUUUCUGAAUGAUACAACAGAGAUUUGCGAACUCAAAUUUAGUAAAGAAGUAAACAGCACUGCACUGAAAUUAAUGCUCAUGGGUAUACAACUAGCAUUUGGCUUUUUUAUCCCCCUGCUCUUUAUGAUUUUUUGCUAUGCAUUCAUUGUCAAAACCUUAGUGCAAGCUCAGAAUUCCAAAAGAAGCAAAGCAAUACGUGUAAUUUUAUUAAUUGUAGCUGUCUUCCUGGUUUGUCAAGUACCCUAUAACAUAGUUCUUCUUAUAACAGCCACAAAUAUGGGCAAAUUAAAUAGAAGAUGUGAUAGCGAAAGGCAUAUAAGUUAUGCAAAAUGUAUUACUGAAACUGUGGCAUUCUUGCAUUGUUGCUUGAACCCCGUGCUCUAUGCAUUUGUUGGGGUGAAAUUUAGAAAUUACUUUUUGAAGAUAAUGAACAGUCUGUGUUGUAUAGGAUUCAAGAAAUACAAAACAGCCAAUUCAAGGAUAAGUUCUGAUAUCUAUCACUCAAGGCAGACAAGUGAAAUUACGAGUGAUAAUGUAUCAUCCUUUACUAUGUAAUACAAGUAAUAUUCUAAGCUUUUAUUUUUCUCAUCCAGCAACUCCAGCCAAUCCUAUUUUUCAUGUUACAGCUAGCAAUUAUGACUAUUUUACACCAAAAAUAGUAGUUCCUAUGAUCAUGAUAGCUCCCUCCAUCAAAACUAUUAAUAAAAACAAAAGAAUAACUCUACUGUAUGGAAAACUCAUGUAUUAAUCAUCUGCCUAACUAACAUUCAUGCUGUUCUUCAAUACAUGCAUUUAUCAUUCUUAGGAAAGCAAGAUGUAUCAAACAGCUUCCUUUUUCCUCAUGCCAGUUUGAUCUGAUAUUGCUUUAGUAUUUUGGUUUUGAAGCACUCUCAACUCAGCUGUCCCAUAUCAACCAAAAUAUUCCAAUUGUGAUAAUGAUUCUUUUAAAAGUCAGACAGACAAUUUUACUACAGGCUUGCUGUAUUUCUGAUUAUAUUGCUAUUAAUUAUUUACAUUGUAAUAGUGCCUAGAGUCCAUAUCCAAAUUUGGAACACCAGGGUGAAAGCACUCUACAUACAUGUAUUAGCAGGCAAUUCAGACCCAAAGAGCUUGCCCUGUGAACAAAGGAUGGGAAGGGGAACACAGAGGUGAAGUGACAGGAUCACUGACGCACAGCAGGUGAGUUGCAGAGCUGCAAUUAGAAUUUAGGUUUUGAGUCACAGUCCAGUCUAGUGUCUUAUUUAAUAGUUAUAGAGUUAUGGUUGCCUAUAUUGGCACAGGUUUGGGUCCAGAGACCAUACUAAUAGAAGACAGUAAUAUUUCUUUAAGUAAUCACUUAAUAUUCAACGAUCAGCUCACAUUUUUUUUUGUUCAAGAAUAAUAAAAGCUAUUUGGGAACUGAAACUGACCAUUUUGUGAAUGUCAUCUUGAUAGAGAUUGAAAUGCCACUUUAUUUUUUCUGAUUACUUAAUACAUUUUUUGAAUGAAAUAAUAAAUAUUUUGAAAUAUAUUUCCAAAAUAAUUUUGAAUUUAUCAAAGUGUGUUUCUUGUUUCUUGAGGAUGGCUUAGCUCAGCAGUAUUUGGCCUUUAUUGGAACUAGAUUAAAUGCACCUUGGCAGCAUAAACAAGGCAAUUUGCAGUGCACAACUCCUCCUGUAGGGUUUGUUAACUAACUGCAGAAGGGAAACAGCAUCUUAAGAGAUGAGGGAAUACCUGCCAGUGUCAACAGGAGUAGGCCAAGAACUACACUGCUGAGGGAGAGAUAUGACUGUCUGCAUUAGUAUGAUUCAGCAUUGUUUAUAUGGUACACUGAAAUUCUCAGAUACAAAUACUAUAUACUAUUGGGCAUUUAUAGAUGUGCUCUGGGAGGCAGGCGGGGAGCUUUAAUUAGCACAGCUCUAGAGCCAUACUAAUUAAAAGCACCUGGAGCAUCACAGGUAUCAGUGGCAGCAAGGUACUUUGAAAAAUGAGCUUUAGUUCAGAGCGCCCCCUGCAGCAUUUUUCAGCACAGGGACGCUGAUACACAUGACGCUGGAGUCUACUGGAACACGGUCAUUACCACGCUCCAGCAGACUCAAUCAAGUCUGCUCCAACAUGCUGUAAUUACAGCACAUCGGAGCAGCCUCACUGCACAUGUAUUGGAGCCCAUUAUGUCUGAAUAUUUUAAAUGUGGACAUUAAAUGUGGCUGAAUGUUAAUUGAAUUCAAUUAACUGUAAAUUUUGAAAAUGAUUUAAUAAAAAUUACAUAAAUAUAUAUACAUAUAUUUGCUUUAUAUAGCAGUGUUGUUUCUAGAAGAAAUUCCACAAAUAAAACUGCAAGAACUGAUUGUCAGAAAAACACCACAAUUCAGUCUUCAUUAUCUUGACUUUUAAGUAACUGAAUGGGAUCAUUUGCUACAGCUGUUGAUCACAGUGUACAUAACUUUAUUCAUCUUACACCCUUUAUUACCCAGACCUGUUCAGUGUCUCCCCUUCUCCUUAAAAAUUUGGAUAUUCGAAUGUGUACUAUAUUUGUUAUAUAUAUGAUGGAAAAUACAUCAUUUAAAAGUUUGUCUACUGUUAUUGCCUUUAUUAUUUUUGAAAGUGAAACUUUGGCUUCAGCAGAUAUUCUAUGUAGUGUUUGAGAAAUUACAUAAGUAAGAUAUGCUUGUUUUAUUUUAUAUUCUGUGCAAUAAACUCCUUAUUGGGUUUUGUUUA